ACAUCAAACUACAUGAGCUCAUUACGCAGAGAGACUAACAGGUGUUGACAUAAGAAGGAAAAGAUAAAAGCAGAACAUGUUAUGAUGGUCUUCUGACCUGUGGUGCUCACUGGUCAGAAAGAGAGGUGUGUUAAGCUGAGGUGUGGUUUCUCUGGUUCCACGGCUCUUUGCGGUUUUGUUUUGCUUGUUACACUGCUGGGAACAUGUCGUCCAUCUCUGUACCACCACCAAAAUGCCUGCAGAAACCUCUGACUGUUCCCUAUCGUCACAUGUUUGGACCAGGACCUUCAAACGUCCCUUCACGGAUCUUGGAGGCCGGUGCCAACCCUGUCAUUGGACACAUGCAUCCAGAGAUAUUCGAGAUAAUGAACGACAUCAAGAGUGGGAUCCAGUAUAUGUUCCAGACUCAAAACAAAAUGACUCUAGCUGUGAGUGGCACCGGCCACAGUGCUAUGGAGUGCGCCAUCUUCAAUGCAGUGGAGCCUGGGGAAAGCGUGCUUGUAGCUGUGAAUGGAAUCUGGGGAGAGAGAGCAGCUGAGAUGGCAGAGAGGAUAGGUGCGAGAGUAAACACUAUAGUGGCUCCUCCUGGUGGCUGCUUCACUAUUGAAGAGAUGGAAAAGGCUUUAUCCAAACACAGACCUACGCUGCUCUUUGUGGCACACGGAGAAUCUUCGACGGGAGUCUUGCAUCCUUUAGAUGGCAUCGGACAGCUGUGCCAUAAGUAUAACUGCCUGUUUCUUGUUGACUCUGUGGCAUCAAUUGGAGGAGCCCCUGUUUACAUGGACCAACAAGAGAUAGAUAUCCUGUAUACAGGCUCCCAAAAGGUUCUGAAUGCCCCACCAGGUACAGCACCGAUUUCCUUCAGUGAGAGAGCAUGCCAAAAAAUCUUCAGCCGAAGGACAAAGCCCGUGUCUUUUUACUUGGAUUUGAGUUGGCUGGCAAACUACUGGGGAUGUGAUGGAAAGCCAUCAAGAGUAUAUCACCACACAGGUCCUGUCACUGCUUUUUACUCUCUGAGGGAAAGUUUGUCUGUCCUUGUUGAAGAGGGUUUGGAGAAUUCCUGGGAACGACAUCUGAAGGUAGCCGAAUAUUUCCAUGCUGGCCUGGAGAGCAUGGGUCUCAAGCUUUUUGUCAAAGAAAAGCGUCUGAGGCUGCCAACAGUCACUACAAUUGUUGCUCCUUAUGGAUAUGACUGGAAAGAGAUCACAAGCUACAUAAUGAAAACACACAAUCUGGAGAUUUCUGGGGGGCUCGGACCAUCAGUUGGUUUGGUGCUCCGCGUGGGACUGAUGGGAUGCAACAGCAGCAGGGAGAACGUCGACAUGGUGCUGGCAGCACUGAAAGAUGCUCUGAAACACUGUCACAAGAGCAAAGUGUAACACGUGUCUAAUGCUAUAAAGAUCAUUUUCCCAUAAGGAUGAAAUCUAGUGCUCAUGUGUUGUGCAGUUAAAUAUUGGCCAUUUGUAACAAUACAGUAACUUGUCAUGACAGUCUCUGGGAAACAACCUAUUCCACCCCCUCCCAUCUGCUUUAUGGUCUUUUGUUUUUGCUGUGUUCAUUCACAAAACAAACCAACAUAUCAAUAGGCUAUAAUUUAAUAUAUAUAUAUAUAUAUAUACCUAAUUAUUUAACUAAGAAUUAAUGAUUAAUUUCAUUCAUCAUGUCAAAGGGAGUGAAACAGAUUAUUUCCCUCCAUACUAUCAGAAAAAGAAAGGUGUUGAAUAUCACCUUUAGCUGGAAUUAGUUUUAAGUGAUCACCUUCAUCCUGAUGGGAAUGUUCCCUUCCAGGAUUCCACCGGACACAAAGGGACAAAAAAGGGAUAGCAAACAAUAAAAAUAUAUAGUCUUUAUGACCUCCAGCUCUAAAAAAACAACUAAACAGUUAUGGGACAUUUUGUGUCUUUUUGCUAUCUACCACCAUUAUCAAAACACCAAAUCUGGGAAUAUCUUUUAAAACGACAUCCAGAUACCUGGAGAGUCAACGCCAACUCUUAUAGAAGGGGUUGUCAUCUUAUUUCGCCGUAUAUAUAAAUCAAUCUCUAAUAUAAAGCAUCUCAAGGAGAUUGCUGUUGUGAUUUGUUGAGAUUUUAUGAUGACAUUGAAUUGACAGACUUGACAGAGGUUCAGUCUGAGAGCGAACUUCCGGACACUGCACACUCACAGGUGAAUCAGCCAGUAAAUUGCCCUGUGCUAAUAAAACAUGUUUUAUUCAGCAUAA